CUUAUUCUAAUGAUUCAGUUACACUGAAAACAACUGCUUUACAAGUCACUCAUCACUCGUUUGUCUGUCGCGUGUAAAACCAAGUCACAGCAGUGUCAUGCAGCCGUGCAGUGAUGACUCCGCCCAUGUUGAGUAAGUACUACUUUUGUAGUGGAAAACCAACCUAAACUGUGCCGAGUGGAGGCGAGUUGGGGCAAUAGGUGGAAAAGGGGCUAUAUUGGACUGAUGAAACUGUGUUGUCUUUCCCUCCAGAUAACAACAGUCUGAGCUUGAUUUUCAAACCUGACAUUUAUACUUGUUCAAACCUGGAUAUAACAAACUGACUCCAGGGAUCGCUGUUGAGUUUCAGAGAAAUCUGAAAUAUCCUGUAGGAAAAUUAACUUCAGUUUCAUAACCUGUUCUUGUGUCUCCAGAGCUUCCACAACAGAAUGUUAUAAAGGAGGAGGAGGAAGAUGUUCUCACUGAGCAGCAGCUCUGUAACCAGGAGAGGAACUCCAGUCUGGACCAAGAGGAACCAGAGUUUCUACAGAUUAAAGAGGAAGAGGAGGAAAUCUCCACCAGUCAGGAGCAGGAGGCUGAUAGCUUUAUGUUGACUCCUGAUAAUGAAGAAAGUGAUCACAUGGAACCAGACACUGACCACCAGCUCCUCUCUGCUGUAGCUGAGAGUCAAGAUCAGAAUAUUUUAAAAGAAAAGAUUCAUAUGUGCAAUAUUUGUAAGAAAUGCUUUGGGUUUAAAAGCAAUUUGGUAACCCACAUGAGAACUCACACAGGUGAGAGACCAUUCUCUUGUGAAACAUGUGGAAAGUGUUUUCUACAAACUUCAGAUUUGGAAAAGCACAAAAGAACUCACACUGGUGAAAAGCCAUUUUCUUGUGAAAUAUGUGGAAAGUGUUUUCUACUAAGUUCAUAUUUGAAAAAGCACAGGAGAACUCACACUGGUGAAAAGCCAUUUUCUUGUGAAACGUGUGGAAAGUGUUUUCUAAAUCUUUCAGAUUUGACAAAACACAUAAGAACUCACGCAGGUGAGAAUAUUUGUAAUAUUUGUAAGAAAUGCUAUUCAUCAAAGAGUUACCUGAUGGUCCACAUGAGAACUCACACUGGGGAGAGGCCAUUUUCUUGUGAAACAUGUGGAAAGUGUUUUCUACAUCGUUCAAAUUUGACAAUCCACGUAAGAACUCACACAGGAGAGAAGCCCCAUGUUUGUAAUAUUUGUAAGAAAUGCUAUUCAUCAAGGUGUUACUUGAUGAUCCACAUGAGAACUCACACUGGUGAGAAGCCCCAUGUUUGCCACAUUUGUAAGAAAUGUUUUGCACGCAGAGAUACCUUGACAGACCACGUGAGAACUCACAGAUGAGAAGAAGCCAUACACCACUGACGUGGAUGGUCUCAGAAUGUUUUAUUUGAAAAUUCACCGUAGGCUCUGCUCACUUUCAAACCACAAAUCCGAAAUGUAAACUCAAAUCAAAUAGAUGUUGAGUGCAUUGUAGUAACUUGUAUAAACUUCAUGGAAGCCCUUAGUAUUUUAAAGACAUGACUGAUGGUGAUCAAUUGUGUCAAAUAAAUUUCAUUAUCUUGUCCAUGA